GGAGAGAGAGAGGCCAAAAGUGGUACUCUGUGGACACCUUACACCGAAAGGGACGCGGGAAGGUUCGGAGGGAAGCAAAGAGGGGGAGGCGGAAGGUAGAAGAGUUUGAAACGCGGAGACGAGGCUUGGAAGGGGGACAGGGGGCGCAGUGACCAUGGCGACGACAGGACCGCCCUGGACGUGGAUGGUGGGUGCCCUGCUCGCAGCUCUCCUUCUGCGGGUGACAGAGCCUGUUCUUGCAAAUGAUGGUGCUGCCUGCAGCAACGCCCCUGCCUCCGGGGCAUCUGGGAGCACCCGGGACCUCCCAGCCGGGACCAGAGAGGGCACCCGGGACCUCCCAGCCGGGACCAGAGAGGGCACCCGGGACCUCCCAGCCGGGACCAGAGAGGGCACCCGGGACCUCCCUGCCGGGACCAGAGAGGGCACCCGGGACCUCCCUGCCGGGACCAGAGAGGGCACCCGGGACCUCCCAGCCGGGACCAGAGAGGGCACCCGGGACCUCCCAGCCGGGACCAGAGAGGGCACCCGGGAGAACGAGAGCAGCGACCGCAUCGUCAACGGGACGGAAUGCGAGGCGCACGCCCAGCCGUGGCAGGCCGCGCUGCUGCUGAAACCCAACCAGCUCUACUGCGGGGCGGUGCUGGUGGCCCCGCAGUGGCUGCUCACGGCCGCCCACUGCCACAAGAAAAUUUUCAAAAUCCGCCUCGGCCACCACUCCCUGUCACCGGUAUAUGAACAAGGGCAGCAGCUGUUCCGAGGGGUCAAAUCCAUCCCCCACCCUGGCUUCUCCCGCCCUGGCCACACCAAUGACCUGAUGCUCAUCAAACUGAACCGGAGAAUCAUGGAGACGCAGAACGUCAAGCCUAUCAACAUCUCCUCGCACUGUCCAGCCGUUGGCACCAGCUGCUUGGUGUCCGGCUGGGGGACAACCAGCAGCCCCCAAGUGAACUUCCCCAAGGCCCUCCAGUGCCUGAACAUCACAGUGCUGAAUCACGAGAGGUGCAAGCAGGCCUACCCGAACCAGAUAGACAACACCAUGUUCUGUGCCGGCGACGAAGCGGGCAGAGACUCCUGCCAGGGUGAUUCCGGGGGCCCCGUGGUCUGCAACGGCACCCUGCAGGGCCUGGUGUCCUGGGGGGACUUCCCCUGCGCUCAGCCCGACAAGCCCGGCGUCUACACCAACCUCUGCAUGUUCACCAAGUGGAUCCGGGACACCAUCCAGGCCAACUCCUGAGUCCUCCCAGGCCCCCUGCAUGUCCUCUCGCCGCUGCAGGGACCUGACACUCCUUCCAGACCCCCCAAUCCUUCCCCGAGGAUGCUGAGGAUGUGACCUCCAGCCCCCCGAGUUUCCAGCGCCUCCCUUCCCCGACAGGGGACUGAUCCCAUCCCUGCAGCUGGCUCCCGGGGGCCUGUCCUGCAAAGGCCAGAAAUAAAGCGUCCAAGGAGA